GCAGCCCGCGGGGGCGGCGUCACUGGGCUGCGCCCACCUAGCGAGCCCCUAGUCCUGCGGCUCUGGUCCUUGUCUGUGCUUUUUGUCGCGUCUCUCACUGCUCGUCGCCCCCGUUUCCAUGUCCCUGGUGGGUGCCGCACCCCAGAACAUCCCACGAACAUGGCCACCAACUCGAGGGAGUCCUCGUUCUCUUCCUGCGCUUCGAACUCUGACCUGGAUGACGAGGGAGUGCGCGGCACCUGCGAAGAUGCUUCUCUUUGCAAGAGGUUUGCGGUGAGCAUUGGCUACUGGCACGAUCCAUACAUCGAGCAUCUUGUGAGGCAGCCUAAAGAGAGGAAGGCCCCUGAAAUUAACAGAGGAUAUUUUGCUCGAGUUCAUGGUGUCAGCCAGCUUAUUAAAGCUUUUCUCCGGAAGACAGAAUGUCGUUGUCAAAUUCUCAACCUUGGGGCUGGGAUGGACACCACCUUCUGGAAGUUAAAGGAUGAAGGUCUUCUCCCAAAUAAAUAUUUUGAAGUCGACUUUCCAAUGAUAGUCACGAGAAAGCUGCACACCAUCAAAAACAAGCCGCUUCUGUUCAGACCCAUCGUGGAGUUACACCCAGAGGACACUCUGCAAUUAGAUGGGCACAUGCUGGAUUCAAAGAGAUAUGCCAUCAUUGGAGCAGAUCUACGAGACCUUUCUGAGCUGGAAGAGAAGCUAAAGAAAUGUAACAUGAAUACACAAUUGCCAACACUCCUGAUAACUGAAUGUGUGCUGGUUUACAUGACUCCAGAGCAGUCAGCCAACCUCCUAAAGUGGGCAGCCAGCAGUUUUGAGACGGCCAUGUUCAUAAACUACGAGCAGGUGAACAUGGAUGACCGGUUUGGGCAGAUCAUGAUUGAAAACCUCCGGAGGCGACAGUGUGACCUGGCGGGAGUGGAAACCUGCAAGUCACUAGAGUCCCAGAAGGAACGGCUGCUAUUGAACGGGUGGGAGACAGCGUCCGCAGUGGACAUGAUGGAGCUGUACAGUGGGCUUCCACGGGCAGAGGUGAAGAGAAUAGAAUCCCUCGAGUUCCUGGAUGAGCUGGAGCUUCUGGAGCAGCUUAUGCGGCAUUACUGCCUCUGCUGGGCCACCCGUGGAGGCCAGGAACUCGAACUUUAAAAAUGGUAUAGGUAGGAGGUGUGGUGUCUGCAAUCCCAGCACUCAAGAGCUGAGGCCAGAGGAUCACAAGUGCAGGCCAGCGCGAGCUACCUGGGGAAACUGUCUCAAAGCAAAGCAACAAAGGAGGAGCUGCGAGGAGCCGGAGUCUGAAUCACUAAACCUUCAACGUUAAUGCAAUCUUGUAAUUAUAACUAAAACACUAAAUAUCAUUUUGCUGUGUUUUCCUAACUCUCGCUCUGUGGUGUGUAGGGUAGGUAAGAGGGCGCUAACACCACACACUACUGUGCAUGGCAUCCGUUUAGAUUAACCUUCAGUAGAAUUUAAAAUACCUAUUUUGUACCAUUCAAAGAUGCUGACUGUUGACAGACCACCAUGUUCAGACACCUCUCUGUGCAAGCAGUCCCAUAUUGAAUCUGCAUUCAGUUUGCCUAAAUGGAAUCAUAUGGCGCCUUCUGUUUUAUGAAUUGGCUUCAUUGUUAUUUUGUUGCUUUCCUUCCUUUUGCCUUUCUCUCCCUGCCCCUCAGGACAGGCUCUUAAGUAGCUCACGCUAGCUCUGAAGUUAUGAUGUAGCUCCAGCAGGUUCUCCUGCCUCUGCCUCUC